AUGUUGGAAUUCUACCCUCCGCUACCAGGUAGCCUGAACCGGCAGGGUGAGUCAGGCCAGCGGAUGGGGUCCGCCGCGCCGCCGAUUCCCUUUCGACCCGCGAACGACAAUAACAAUGCAGAGCCGUCGAUCUCGGUGAAGACGGAGUCGGGUCUCCUGGAGACGAUCUGCGCUGGCUGUGGUCGCACCAUCCUCGACAAGUACGUGAUGCAGGUGGCCGGAAGGAACUACCACGAGGAAUGCCUGUCGUGUGCAGCGUGCGCGACGCCGCUCAUCCAUUCGUGCUUCAUCAGGGAGCUGAAGCUCUACUGUAGAACCGACUACGAGCGGAUCUUCGGAGUCAAGUGUGCACGGUGCAUGGAGAAGAUCAGCUGCUCGGAUUUCGUGUUAAGGACGCCGGGCCUGGUGUUCCACGUGGAGUGUUUCGCGUGUUGCAUGUGCGGGCAGCCGUUGCCGCCUGGCACCCAGUACUUCCUGCGUCAGGGACAACCGAUCUGCCGAAGGGACUACGAGCACGAGUUGUACCUGAACAGUCCUCAAGACGAUGAUCUACUGGACGAUAGUCGACCCCGCGACGGUCGUCGGGGCCCCAAGCGACCACGGACGAUCCUCACGUCGGCGCAGAGGCGCCAGUUCAAAGCGUCGUUCGAGGUGUCGCCGAAACCCUGUCGGAAGGUUCGAGAGGCCUUGGCGAAAGACACGGGCCUUAGCGUGCGCGUGGUGCAGGUCUGGUUCCAGAACCAGCGGGCGAAGAUGAAGAAGCUGCAGAGGAAAGCGAAGACCGAGCCUGGAUCUGACAAAGAGCCCAAGGAGGAACGUCGAACGGAGAGUCCUCAUAGCGAUCACAGUCAUUACUUGAACGCCAUGAACAUGCGCGGCGGUGAAUCUUCUAACUUCCCCUCAGCCACCCAACCGCUCAACCCCAAUAACCCGUACUCGCCCGACGACGCGUAUCCAGGCCACUCAGGCGAGAGCUUCUGCAGCAGCGAUCUAUCGUUGGAUGGCACGGAGGCUGGCUUCGACAUAGGCGAGAACGAGGGUGGCGGCGGCCAAGAGGGUAGUCACCAGGCUGACAACCACUCCCAUCACGGGCCAGCGUCCCACGAGGCGCCCUCGUUGUCCCAGAGUUUGCACGCGGCGAUUCACAACCCCAUCGACAAACUGUUCAUGAUGCAGAGUAGUUACUUCAGUGGUGACCACGCGUAA